CUGAAAUGUGAACGCCUGCAACUACAAUGGCCCCGUCACUUGAGCAGUUCAUUGAAUGCCAGGUGUGCGUGGUUACAGUCGACGGCAGAGUGUUCAUCGGCGACCUGAAGGGAUUCGAUCAAGUUACCAACCUAGUACUCUACAACUGUGUUGAGCGAGUAUUCCGGAAAGGAGUACCAUUCGAGGACCUGCCGCUAGGGAUAUACCUCAUCAGAGGAGAUAAUAUAGCACUGGUGGGAGAAGUUGAUAUGGAAGUCGACAAGACCCUUGAAGGACUUGAAGCAGAACCUAUCAAACCAGUCAUCUACUGAGUCCGUACAGGCUCCACGUUGAAGAAGCAGUUGACAGCAUACUUAGUCCCCGACUUGGGGCACACGCCAGCGUGAACCAUACGAAAGUCUGCAACGCCAUCUUCCGUAGUGUUCUUCCAAUAGAGAGCGCUGUUACCAAC